AUGAACGAAAGGUACUUAGAGUGUAGAGUUAUUAUAAAUACAGGAGUUGUUUCUAGCCCAUUUACAGUUAUUAGCAUAAAUACAUUGAGUCUUGUUAAGUUCAUUGCAUAAACGGAAUGCACUUUCAGUUUAGUUAAUGUAAGAAGAACUUAAAUUGAAGUUUUAAGCUCCUGUCUAAGUGGAGUUCACUGUAUAGUUGAAACUAUUGAAAUCGAAUAAAUUCCAAGCACAACCAUUAAACUUACUACAGUUGUAAAAGGUUUGGUUGGUGCAGUUAACAGCUGCAAAUUAUUGAGAUUCAAGUGUGAAAGUGUAGUUGUAUCCAGAAGUAGAGUUAGUGUAAUUAGAAGUAGAGUUUUAUUCAAGGACGAAUUUUCUGGUAUUGUUCAAUUAGCAGAAGUUAUAAGUAUAGUUCCAAGCACAUCCGUUGGUUCUGCUACAGUUUUAGAAGGUUUAGUUGGUGCAGUUAACAGUAGCAUAUUCAGAUUCAAGGAAAAACUUUCUGGUAUUGUUCAAUUGGCAGAAGUUAUAAGUAUAGUUCCAAGCACAUCCGUUGGUUCUGCUACAGUUUUAGAAGGUUUAGUUGGUACAGUUAACAGCAGCGUAUUCAGAUUCAAGGAAGAAUUUUCUGGUGUUAUUCAAUUGACAGAAGUUAUAAGUAUAGUUCCAAGCACAUCCACUGGUUCUGCUACAGUUUUAGAAGGUUUAAUUGGUACAGUUAACAGCAGCGUAUUCAGAUUCAAGGAAGAAUUUUCUGGUGUUGUUCAAUUGACAGAAAUUAUAAGUAUAGUUCCAAGCACAUCCGCUGGUUCUGCUACAGUUUUAGAAAGUUUAGUUGGUGCAGUUAACAGCAGCAAAUUCAGAUUCAAGGAAGAAUUUUCUGGUGUUAUUCAAUUGACAGAAGUUAUAAGUAUAGUUCCAAGCACAUCCACUGGUUCUGCUACAGUUUUAGAAGGUUUAAUUGGUACAGUUAACAGCAGCGUAUUCAGAUUCAAGGAAGAAUUUUCUGGUGUUGUUCAAUUGACAGAAGUUAUAUGUAUAGUUCCAAGCACAUCCGUUGGUUCUGCUACAGUUUUAGAAAGUUUAGUUGGUGCAGUUAACAGCAGCAAAUUCAGAUUCAAGGAAGAAUUUUCUGGUGUUAUUCAAUUGACAGAAGUUAUAAGUAUAGUUCCAAGCACAUCCACUGGUUCUGCUACAGUUUUAGAAAGUUUAGUUGGUGCAGUUAACAGCAGCAAAUUCAGAUUCAAGAUAGAAGGUACGGUUGAAUCCAGUGGUAGAGUUAAAGUUAUAAGUAUAGUUCCAAGCACAUCCGUUGGUUCUGCUACAGUUUUAGAAGGUUUAGUUGGUACAGUUAACAGCAGCGUAUUCAGAUUCAAGGAAGAAUUUUCUGGUGUUGUUCAAUUGACAGAAAUUAUAAGUAUAGUUCCAAGCACAUCCGCUGGUUCUGCUACAGUUUUAGAAAGUUUAGUUGGUGCAGUUAACAGCAGCAAAUUCAGAUUCAAGGAAGAAUUUUCUGGUGUUAUUCAAUUGACAGAAGUUAUAAGUAUAGUUCCAAGCACAUCCACUGGUUCUGCUACAGUUUUAGAAGGUUUAAUUGGUACAGUUAACAGCAGCAUAUUCAGAUUCAAGGAAAAACUUUCUGGUAUUGUUCAAUUGGCAGAAGUUAUAAGUAUAGUUCCAAGCACAUCCGCUGGUUCUGCUACAGUUUUAGAAAGUUUAGUUGGUGCAGUUAACAGCAGCAAAUUCAGAUUCAAGAUAGAAGGUACGGUUGAAUCCAGUGGUAGAGUUAAAGUUAUAAGUAUAGUUCCAAGCACAUCCGUUGAUUCUGCUACAGUUUUAGAAGGUUUAGUUGGUGCAGUUAACAGCAGCAAAUUCAGAUUCAAGUAAGAAAGUGCUAUUAUAUCCAACAGUUGA